AUGACUAUGAACACAAUUUUGUUGAUGUUCACAUUAUGGCGAGUUUAGCAGAAUUGUUUAAGGAGAAGGAACGGUCGAACUGGCUCAAGGCAUGGCUAGCAAUAGACAUUGCAAAAUCUGGCUUGGAGCAUUUAGCUGACAACGAGGCUCAGAAUUUUCACCAGCACAUUUACAACCAAGUAACAUCUACUCUUACGUCACAAUGGAAUACAUGCAACAUCUGCAACACGGCAAAUUUACUGCGAAACCAACAGUGUCCAAACAAUAUUUGUGAUAAAGUUUGCCAAGAAAUUAUCAACGAACAUCGGUACAAAAAAUGUUCUUGGAAUAAUACAUCUGCGCAAUUAUGGCAAACGAACUAUUGGGAAAUAGCAAAAUGUUACAUCCAAACAAAUGGAUAUGCUGACAAGAUAUCGACUCAAGAUACAGACUUCAACGGAGUUGUCAGUUUUAUGCUGAACUGCACACGCUUUGAUAGCAAGUUUUCUUUUCCAAUAACAAAAGGAAAGCCAACCCACAACACGCCAGCAUGCCUCCUGUAUAAGGCUCGAGAAGUCCACCAAGCCGUGCGGCACUCUUCAAUAAUGAAAGUCACUGAUGUCGAUCUCCAAGACUAUUUCACAACAUUGAACAACCUGCUGAAAGAUUCAAGAUAUCUCAGCCAAGAUAACGUUGCCAAAAUGCUGUAG